CCCGUCAUCAAUCACUUCUCCAGCCACCACUGUGAGCGUCGCCUUGUCCAAUCGGUUUUGUCCAAUACCUGCUUCUCUUUCAGCAGACAAGCCUCGCAAGGGUCUUCCCAAGUCCUUGUGGGCGCGUUCUGCAGCGCAAUCCGUCUCGUCGUCGCCCUUCCGUCCUCUCCUUCACCUCCACCAUCCAACUCAGCGUUCUAGGUCUCUCUCUCUCACUUUUAUCCUCCUCCGGUUCUGCCUUACUCACUCAAUUCACCCUCACUUUUUCGCUGUGUGACCGUUAGCAACUGAGGUUUGCCCUGACGGAACUUUCCCUCACAAACUCCCCACUAUUCCUUGCCCUCCUCUCCUCGCCUGCUCCCUUCCUCUCCUCUCUUCACCCGUUCGUCUUCGCCUCGUGAGCUCCAACAUCCUCUCGAUUCAAUAUUGCAUCCUGACAUACUUCCUACCCCUGAAACAUCUGUGCCUCAGCACAUAAGUAACCGCAGUUUUUCAACUGUUGUGUUAGCAAGCUUCAAAAAUGGUUGUUGCUACUAUCAAAUGUGUUGUCGUUGGGGAUGGAGCUGUCGGAAAGACAUGUCUGUUGAUCUCAUAUACUACAAACAAGUUUCCUUCUGAAUAUGUUCCCACUGUUUUCGAUAAUUAUGCAGUGACUGUGAUGAUUGGAGACGAACCGUAUACUCUCGGCCUUUUCGAUACUGCCGGCCAGGAGGAUUAUGAUCGUCUUCGUCCGCUCUCCUAUCCCCAAACCGAUGUCUUCCUCGUUUGUUUCUCCGUGACUUCUCCUGCGUCAUUCGAGAACGUCCGCGAGAAAUGGUUUCCGGAAGUCCGUCAUCACUGUCCCGGGGUCCCUUGCUUGAUUGUUGGUACCCAAACCGACUUACGCGAUGACCCUGCUGUUCGUGAGAAACUCUCAAAACAGAAGAUGGCUCCCGUUCGCAAAGAAGACGGAGAGCGCAUGGCAAGGGAACUUGGAGCGGUCAAAUACGUCGAAUGCUCUGCACUCACUCAGUACAAGCUCAAGGACGUCUUCGAUGAGGCCAUCGUUGCUGCCCUUGAGCCCCCAAGCACCCGCAAGAAGUCUCGCGUUUGCAAGAUUCUGUAAAGCUCUUUUUACAUUUUUUUUCAACGGCGUUGAGGCAAAGUCUAGUCGUCCUCCCAAUUAUCCGUCCAGAUACUUCUAGAUUAGCUUAUCCGCUGUUUAUUGCGCCGUCGAGCAUGCCCUCUCAAUCUGGAUUGAACUGGACAAACGCGUUUUGUUAUGUCUGCAAACAAGAUGACAAUAUGAUGAUGGCAUUAUGAGGGGUUUCAGGAAGGCGUGUGAAAUGGCGAAUCAUUGAAGGGAUGGAAUUGUGUCUUUGUUUUUUACCCUUGUCAUAGUCAUCUCUGUACUCCUGUGUCCACAUGUCUGUUUUACUUUGAGUGUUGUGCUGAAUCAGGCAGAUCACAGGUCUUUAAGACAGAUUGAUGAAUCCUAUUUUAUUUUAAUUGAUUCCCACCUUGUUUCUUGCGUCUUAACCUAAUGCUUGGAUUUGAUGGUUGAGGAGAUUUAUGUACAUGGGGAAAAUCCACAAGACACAUUGCAAAUAC